ACUGUAGUCGCUGACGAAGAAGACGCCCCCGGAAGCGGACGUCACAACAUUAGCCAUAGCAUCACUUGUUUACAACUAUUUAGCUCCUUGAGUCGCAAGUGCUGUGUUGUUCUGUGAACUUCUCAGGAAUGGAGGACGAUGAACGGCUACGCUCUUUCACGUUUUUAAUGACUUACAUGCUGCUGAAGCGCCGGAGAGACUUAAACAGCGCGGAUGUUGAGAGGCGUAAUGAGAUCCAGAGACGCGUCCGACAGCGACAGUACUUCUUCCAGAGGCAGAGGAGGAUGAUGAUGAUGAUGAUAGCGGGGGGUCUUCGCUCCAACGUUCACAUUCGCACACGCCCCUGGACGACCGUCCCGAGCACGGAUUGGUGGGAGCGCGUGGCUAUGACGGAGUUCCAGCCCUCCGACUGGCUGGACAAGUUCCGGAUGAGCCGCGAGACCUUCUUCUACAUCUGCGACAAGCUGCGCUCCCGCCUGACCCGCCAGGACACCAGCUUCCGCCUGGCGCUGCCCGUGGAGAAACGCGUGGCGGUGGCUCUGUGGCGCUUGGCGUCCAACGUGGAGUACCGCACCAUCAGCGCCCUGUUCGGCGUGGGUAAAUCCACCGUGUGCAAAUGCGUGCGCGACAUGUGUCACAGCAUCGUGGCGCUCCUCAGCGCCGACUACCUGCGCUCGCCCACCGAGCAGGAGCUGGAGGAGUCGGCUCGGCUUUUCUUGUCUCAGUGGGGCUUCCCGCACUGCGCCGCCGCCAUAGCAACGCUCCACACGGCCAUCAUCACCCCCUCCAACAACGCAUCCGACUACGUUAACCCCGCCGGCUGGCUGUCUGUGCUGUCUCAGGUGGCGGUGAACGGCCGAGGGCUGAUUUGGGACGUUUGCGCCUGCUUCCCAGGAGGGAUGGAGCCGGCAGACAUCUUGCAGAACUCAGUGCUCUGGGCCACGGCCGCAGAGGGUGGGCUAUCACAGGUGCCACCAUCUCUCUUCAUGGGGAAGCAACUCAGCUAUGUGCUGCUUGGGGAGCCCUGCUACCCGCUCCAGAGCUGGCUCAUGAAGGCCUACCCGGACAAAAGGCCCACGAGGUCCAACCCCGUGGCGCUGACGGAGCGCCAGCAGCUUUUCAACCAGCGACUCCGCGGAGCGCGCCACGUCUCCCAGGAGGCGCUGCUGAGGCUGAAGGCGCGCUGGCAGUGCCUGAGCAAGAGGAACGACUGUGGCCUGCACGUGGUGCCCACCAUGAUCCUGGCCUGCUGCAUUCUGCACAACGUGUGCGAGUCUCACGGCGACGCAUUCAACGGGGAGUGGCUGACCGAGGCGGCCGAGGCGGAAAGCCCCCAGCCGAGCUACGCCGAGGCCCCCGCGAACGGUGGCGAACCGAGUCAGGGAGAGGAAGUCCGGCAACUUUUUUGUGACUAUUUUCAACAGUCUGAUGAAAGGAGCCCAUCAUCAUGAACAACAACUGCAGAUUAACAUGACCUGAUAUCACCUGACAGACUUUUGAAAACACACAAACUACAUACACACCUUAAAAAACGUAUCACAGUAAAUACAUACUUUUUUGUAGCAGAUUCCUAAAAUCUUGUCACAAAGAGGAAGAGCACAGCGCUCCUGUCUCUUAGGAGAUCUUUUCUAGCAUAAACAUAUUGCUUUUGUAUUAACUUAUGACUUUAUUUAACUAAAUGAGCUGUUUGGUGUGGUAUAAAGACAAAAUAAAAAAUAAAUACACCUGAAAA